CUUUGGCUGUGGGGUUUCAUCUGAUGUCCAAGGUCUCUGAAGUUCAGUGCAGAAGUAGAGGAAACCAUCCGAUUUCGAUUGUCCCAUUGACGGGUACGGAGAAGGAGUUGCUUUGCUUUUCCACACCUGUUUUGGCUCUUGGGUGCAACCAGGUACACCGGUAUCGUAGAAUUUCCGGAAUUGCCGUAUCCCCGUAACUGUAUUAUACCGUACCCGUCCAUGUACCCAUAUCAGUGCUUUAUAGACUAGUAGUUUACUGCAAAACAGAUUCUUGAUAUCACUAGAUGGCCGGUCAAUCUGAUACUCAUGUAUCUCUUUUUUCUCCCGAAGAGAUCGAGUUUAUGGCGGAGGAUGAAUUGGUGGAGAUCGUGCCCAAUAUGACAAUGGAUCCUCUUAAUUUCAUUUGUGGCACAUUUGGUCCAUUUAUGCCACAAAUAGCGACUCAAGUACCGCUAUGGCUAGCCAUGGCUUUGAAGAAGCGUGGGAAAUGUUCAAUUCGGCCUCCACAAUGGAUGUUGAUUGAUAAUUUAACGCGAGCUUUGGAGGUUGAGCGAGAUUCUCGCGGAUUUCAGCCAUUGCCAUUCCAUUACAUGGAAAUCUCAAAAAUUCUAUUUGACCACGCAAGCGAUGACAUUCGUGACAUAUACAUGGUAAGGUCUCUUAUUGAGGACAUCAGGAAUGUAAGGUUUCAUAAAGUUGAGAGUGAAAUGGAGAAUUUUAGUGGUGCAUAUGCAGUGACGGGCACCAAUUUAUCUGCUAUGGAAGUGAAUAUAGUCCGCACAUUUGUUGGGCGAGCACUACAGGCAUUCUAUAAGCAUGCUAAUCAAGAAUUGAUGCCUGACAUGGAUAGAACGUCUGACAGACAGCCACAGACAGCUAAUGAUAGGCAGACACGAACUUUAAGGCCAAGGUAGAAGUUCUCUCCCGAGUCCUGACCAAUAUUAUGUCAUCAGCUCUUCAAUGCCACCUUCCUGAUGCGAAAGGAAACGUUUACAAGUUGUCAUAGAAGGUAUCUUUGUUCUGAGUUGCCUGCCAAACGAGUGGUGGUUUGGUUGAACCCUGUGUUGUAUGUUAUUAUACUACCUGGUUAAUGUUUAUUGUAAAUCAAUCGUGAAUGUUUUUUAGUACAAGCAAAUUUAACUGGUGGAGGAAGUCCUGGCAAAUAGAAGGAGAUGGUGUAUAACGUUGCUUGUCCCAACACUUGGAUGCCAGAAUUUGUGGUUGGAUUUGAUGUUGGAGGGUCUUUCCACA